AUGCAACCUAUAAUUACCAGGGCAGGACGCGAAGGAGGUUCUGCCCUUGAAAGCAAAGCAGAUGAAGUGACACUACCGCCUUCAGGAGUAGCAGACGGCUCAUUUGCCUCGAAAGCAUCAAGAAGUCCCAGCACGAUUAAUACCACCACUAGCACCACCAACGCUACCACCAUCGCUAGCAACACCACCUCUUCCACCACCAGCAUUACCACCACGGCCACGACUCCCACCACCACUAUCACCCCCACAAACAUCCCCACCGACACCCCCAGUUACCCCCACCGAGACAUGAAGGAGACGGACCUCCAUUCGGGUUUCUGGAUCAGCGUGACUCAGAUAUGGGACAAGUGCCACGUGUGUACACUGGACUCUCGAGUGCAAAUGCAUAAUUCGAACUUCGCGACAGUGACUCACAACACUUCCAGAAAGCGACGCAUAGGUUUUAAAGACAUUUCCACACCUGCCCUAAAACUUCGGCCGAGUCUUAGACAAAAGUGCCUGUCUAAGACAUUUUCGUGGAGAGUCACAGACAAAUUUGCCAAGUCAAAGACAUAUGAAGAUAAUCACACAUCAAGCACUAACUCUGAGAUGUGGCAGCGGGGCAAAUCACAGACUUUUUCUCGUCCAAGACAAAUUUCGGAGUCUAAGACCUUUCGUGAAUACCGCCCCUGA